UUUCUUUCGAAGUGGGUACGCUGCGGAAGAGGAAUUUGGCAAUUCCAUCGCGCUUGUAAGUCACCAUUGGCAUGUGCAGGAGCUCACACGCAGUGUCUACAACAUGCAGUCGAUGGACUGGCCGUGUGUCGUUAUGCAUGACAUGUAAAAUUGUUUUGCAUUUGCAUCGGGGCCUGGUUAUACCUUGUGUCACAGCACCACGUGGUGGAGUUUUGAUUUUUUCGUGGCUGGAAAUCGCAAACUCGAUAUCCCGCUGGUCAAAUUAUUUGGGUGGCAAUCACGCAUCCCUUCGUUCGACUUCGAAAUCACUUGCCAUUCUUGAAAUCCCUCCGCGUAGAGCUGAACUCUCUGCUUGGCGGUUUAUUUCUCCACGACGACUGUCCACACCUAGUGCAUGACAAAAGCCAGAGCCAGCAGCAGCAGCCGAACGGAGCAGCAGUUGAUCGAGGCCACGCGAAGGCCUCGCCGUGGCCUCGCGAUUGACAAUUUCUCGCGGGCUCCAGCCACUGGCGUUUGGUAUUACCGAGUGGACGUGUCCUUCUACGAGGAAGAGCUCCUGUCGACGUUUAUCGAGGAAAACGAGAGCGACGAGGAUGAUGACAGGUCCAGCGAUAACGAGUCAGUGCUGGGCGUCGAACACUACUCCAUUUUGAGACGCUACAACGACUUUUUGAAGCUGUACGAGCAGAUUCGUGUUGUGGUUGCCGUCUCGGAGGGCGACACCAGCAGCUUGCCGCCAUUUCCAGUGAAGGAGUACAUCUCACCAGCGCUGGUCGGUCUGCUCUGGCGUGUGUCGUCGUCGAAGGCGGUGCUAGAAGAACGACGUACCAAGUUUGAGGCGUUGCUUCAGUGGAUUGAGAACCACCCCACUGCUCGGAACUGUCCUGCAUUCGUCGAGUUCCUUGGGAAACCUCCGCAAACUCGAGAUGGCUAUGUCAGUCUGAAAGAGUACACGUCGCUCGACUGGUUGUCAUCUCUGCAGCAAGUGACACAGGGCGUCGAAGACCGCAAGCGUCGGUAUUCCGCUGGCAGCUCAGCCAUCCGGUCACAGCUGGAGCGAUCGAACUCGGAAGCCUCUGGAAUGCUCGGAGCUUCUCGCCGCCAACGUCUUCAAGCAGUCAAGGAGAUUCCGUCGACUCGUGUGCUGGGCAAGCGUCGAACACGCUCUGCUCAUCACAAUCGGCGUCUUGAACCUCCCUGCAAGAAGGUGGCGCUGCCGGCAGGUCCUACUGAUACCCCAAACGCAGAUCAAGUUCCUCUAGCGCCGCAGUCGUGUGGUAAGAGGAAAGUUGCUCAAGUGGAAGGCAACACCCCUAAGAAGCAAUGCGUCGCGUGAUUUUGUUAGGAAGGAUGAAAACCACAGACCAUGUAUCUUGUUACUGGUGAGUUGUUGAUAGUAACUCGUACCCACGGAUACUUGCACUUUACCGUAAUUCUAGUCUUCGUCGUCGAGGUCCAGCACGUCCUCCUCCUCCUCAACGUCAUCGAUCACAUUCGAUCCAUCGUCGCUCUCGUCCUGAUGCUGUGGGAAGUAAUAGGCGUCGUCCUUCUCCUCCUCAGAGACGCGCUUCUUGUGACGAUUGUGACGCCUACGGUUGGGAUGCCUGCGCUCGCGAUCUCCCGACUGGUCUGGCUGCGAAGUUUGACUCUUCUUCUUUCGCAAGACUUUGGGAGUCUUUCCCAGUGGUUUGAGGGAGUCUGCAUGGGCAUAGUCGUCGAGGAACGCUCCCACAGACACGGCAUCAAACGCAGCACCACGGAACGCCUUCGCCACCAGCACCUUUUUGCCUGUAUCAGGAUCGCGCUGGCGUCGAAAGAGCACCAUGCGGUGUUCUCCACGUUGAGCAUCCGGCAGCA